AAGAAAGUAAGAAGCGGGGAAGAGGCAGCCCCGCAGCAGCGGGGAGCCCGCUGGGGUCCGGCGGUGCCGCAGCGCUCGCUCAGCACGGUGGGACGGGCGCCGGAUCGAUCGCUCGGCGCUCAGGGCAGGCGCCGAAUCGAUCGCUCGGCGGUGGCGGGCGAGGCUGCGCGGCGUCCCCGUCAGCUCCGGCAUGGCUGCGCUCAUCAAUUUCGAGGACGAGGAGGAGGUGAGGAGUUACCUGCAGACCUUGCACGCCGAGUACAGCUACCAGUGCUUCAAGGAGAAGGACCCAGACGGCUGCCAGCGCCUGGCCGAGUACCUGGACGCCGUGCGGAAGGACUUCGUGGGGGCGGCGCGGGUGCUGCGCGACAACUGCGAGGCGCACGGGCACAGCGAGAGCUGCUACAAGCUGGGGACCUACCAGGCCAUCGGCAAAGGUGGACUGAAGCUAGAUUUGAAAGCUGCCUACAACUCUUUUAUGAAGUCAUGUGAGAAAGGUGGGAAGAAGUCAAUAAAUGCAUGCCACAACGUUGGGCUCUUGGCCCAUGAUGGGAGAGUAAAUGGUGAUAAACCAGAACCUGUUGUUGCAAGAGACUAUUACACAAAGGCCUGUGAUGGCAACUUCGCUCCUAGCUGCUUCAAUCUCAGUGUAAUAUACCUCCAAGGAGCACCCGGGGUCCCUAAGGACAUGAAACAUGCUCUGAAGUACUCGCUGAAAGGCUGUGAGCUGGGCCACAUCUGGGCUUGUGCCAAUGCCAGUCGAAUGUACAAGCUGGGAGAUGGUGUUGAGCAGAAUGAUGCUAAGGCGGAGGAUCUGAAAAACAGGGCCAAACAGUUGCAUAAAGAGCAGAAAGAAGCCCCAAGCUCUUUAACAUUUGGAGAGUAAACUAUCAGUUGCAAUUACUGAGAUUUAAAGGGCAAGUGAACUUGUUAUUCAAAUAGUGAGCAUACAUUUUACAGUCUCAAAAUCCUUUGAGUAUUUGCAUAUGCAAAUAAACCUCUUUGUGGAUGUAACAAACAUCA